CCGCGCGGCGCUGCCGGCGAAAGUAUCUGAAGUGUGGCGAGUGGAGAGUCGGAGAGUCGGAAGCCCGCCAAGUGUUCGGGGCAGCCCUGCUGGCUGCAUUUGCCGCCAGUGUGCAUCAGUUUAGCUCUGAUCAUGACGGACGAAACAACGCCGUUGACCAGCGAGGCCGCAGCUGGAGGCUCCGGCUAUGUCGUCCUUCCGCCCUAUCAAGGACCCGAGCGUGUCUUCCCCGGUGGUGUUUCGCCGCGCUCGCGUCGCAACAAGAUGCGGCAGUUCCAGUGCUGCAUGGGCAUCACCUUUAUAGCGAUUGUGUUUACCGCCCUGUGCUUGGCCCUGGUCUUCAGCGAUUCCCUCGGUGGUGCGGACGGCGGUCCCAGUUUCUUCUUCGUCGUCAAUGGAACGGAUGGGGAGCUGCAGCCAAACAGACCGCUGCCAGACGAACCGGCGGCAGAUUGGGCCCUGCGACAGGCGGCACUGAAUCACCACGAUGGCGCCCAGGCGGUGAGUGUGGGCAUCAAGGCUCUGGGGGAUCGGGAGAUCCUGGAGGAGGGUCUGCGACCGAACGAGGUGAACACCCCGGCCUUUCGACACUACCGAUCGCUGAGCACAAAUCCGGAGGCAAGGAAGCUGGCACGACGUGGCUACGUGGAGAACCAGGCCACCAUGGACAUAGCCAGGAGAUUCAAUUACACCAAACGGCCGGGACGCAGCGAUAUUGGCUGGGGACCGCAGAUAGUGCUGCCUGAUCCCACGGUGCUCCGGUUGGAGUGCGAUUUCAAUGCGCGCUACAGAAGAUCCACGGGGGUGUGCAACAACAAGCAACACCCCCGGACUUAUGGAGCCUCCAUGGUGCCCUACCGCCGCAUGGUGUCUCCGGACUACGCCGACGGCAUUGCUGCCCCCCGGGUGAGCCACCACGGACGCCUGCCGCCUGCUCGCCAGGUCUCCCUGCAGAUCCAUCGCUCCAGCUACGAGACGGACUCGAACUUCACAGUGAUGCUGGCCGUCUUUGGGCAGUUCAUGGACCACGACAUCACGGCCACCUCGCUGACCACUUCGCAGGAGGGUGAGUCCAUCGACUGCUGUGUGGCCGCCACCAGGGAGCAGCAUCCGGAGUGCUUUCCCGUCGACAUCCUUCCCGACGAUCCCUACUACAGGCAGUACAACAUCAGUUGCAUGAAUUUCGUGCGAUCUGCGCCGGCGCCAACGGGCAGAUUUGGUCCGCGGAUGCAGCUGAAUCAGGCCACGGCUUUCAUCGAUGCCUCCGUGGUCUACGGCAAUCUGGAGCAGCGCCAGAGUCAGUUGCGCAGCUUCAUCAACGGCUCGCUGCGAAUGUACCUCACGGACGAUGGCAGGCAACUGCUGCCCAUCUCCUCGAAUCCCGCGGAUGGCUGCAAUCGGGUGCAGAUGACGCGCCUGGGCAAGUACUGCUUCGAGUCCGGCGAUGAUCGGGCCAAUGAGAACCUGCUGCUCACGUCCAUGCAUCUGCUGUGGGCCAGAAAUCAUAACUACGUCGCGCGACAGCUGCAGCAGCACAAUCCCCACUGGGAGGAUGAGCGUUUGUAUCAGGAGGCGCGCAAGAUACUGGGCGCUCAAAUGGCCCACAUCACCUACAAUGAGUUCCUUCCGGUCCUGCUGGGCAGAAAUCUCAGUGAGACCAAGGGUUUGCUGCCCAGCAAGCACAAUCUGAAUGCCCCGGACACCUAUGAUCCGGAGGUGGAUCCGAGCAUUGCCAAUUGCUUUGCUGCGGCCGCGUUCCGCUUUGCACACACCCUUCUGCCGGGAUUGUUCAAUGUGUCCAGGGACAACAGCAGUCCCGAGGCCAUGGAGCUGCACAAGAUGCUCUUCAAUCCGUUCUCCCUUUGGGCGGAGCAUGGCAUUGACCAUGCCCUAAUGACGGCGGCCAAUACGCCGGUGAUGCAAGUGGACCGCUUCUUCUCGCUGGAGGUCACCCAGAAGCUAUUCGAAGGCAACGCCGAGGACAAGGUGCCUCUAUGCGGACUGGACCUGGUCUCUUUGAACAUUCAAAGAGGUCGCGAUCACGGGAUACCCUCAUAUCCGGUUUUCCGGCGCCAUUGUCGUCUGCCCCCGGUGGACACGUGGGAGCAGAUGGCCCAGGCCGUGGACAACUCCACACUGGACUCCAUCAGGCAGAUUUAUGAAUCCCCGCAGGAUGUGGACGUCUAUACGGGUGCCCUAAGUGAGCCUCCGCUGGGAGGGGCCAUCUUCGGUCCGCUGCUCAGCUGCAUGGUUUCCGAUCAGUUCCUGCGCCUCAAACUGGGCGACUCCCACUGGUACGAGCGGAAGAUGGGGCCUCAGAAGUUCACCAAAGCUCAACUAGCGGAGAUCUACAAAACCAGUCUGGCCGCCAUCAUCUGUCGCAAUUCAGAUGGCAUAACCCGUGUACGGGAACACGUAAUGCAGCGACUGCGGGAGAAAGACAAUCCUCAGGUGAACUGCCAGGACCUCGAGGGAUACCAUUUCAAUUUCGAGCCAUGGUCCGAAUCCGAGCACCCGCAGGAGCUGCACAGCACAGGAAUUAAUAGGGGAACCACUUCGGUGCGUGUGAUGUCCGAUAGAUCGACUACGGUCAAGGAAAACCAUAGAACAGCCAAUGUGCCUCUUCACAUGGCAAAAGGGAUCUAGUUAAGGUAAAAAUAAUAAAUUGAUUGAGAAGAGAGGGUUAUGUGGUUAUGUACAAUUAACCAUUGCAUAUCUUAAAGGCGGGGCAGUGCCCAAGUUAAACCCAUAUUUAAUAAACACAACUUUGAUUUUUUUGUUCAAUUUAUAGGAGCAAAAUCUCAAUAAAAGUUAAAGUAAAAAAACGCCAAAUCAAUAACUUUUUCAAAUUUAUUUCUCAACCUUUAUACCUUAGCU